ACGAAGAUUCCCCAUUUCUAGCCCGGGGUUGGAGUCAUUUGCCAAGAACCCUCACACCAGAGGACCCGUCUGAGUAGAAAGCCAAGGUUCAGGAAGGGAAAAGCAGUUUCUUCAAGGUCACAAAGUCUGCCAGAGUUCAGUGCAGGCCCAAGGACUCCCAGUCCAGUGCUCUCCCCAAGUCUCCUCUGUACAUCCAUCCGCGUUUUGGGGGCGUGAGUCUGUCCUGGCACGGGUAGCUGGCAGGGGUCCCGAGUUCUGGCCCGGAAGGGCCUGGCCACCCACGGUCCCCCGCCCAACUUCAGCGCAGGCCACGGGGUGAGGGGUAGUCUCUAAAAACUGCGACCAGGCUCUAGGCUCCCUCUGGGGGUGGAGCCAGACCCGAGCGACAAGCGAACGGUCCAAUUGUGGGCGGGCUAUAGGCCCGACAGCCAAUCGGGGGCCGGGGGAGCGGAGCGUGCAGGGAGGCAAGGCGCUGUAGCUUCGGGGAUUCCCCGAGGCUGCUCGGCCCGGCCCCACCUCCGCCGUGGGUCCCGGCCCUACCCACCCUAGCUCAGGCCGGCAGAGCCAGCGCUCGCGGAUGCGGCUGGUGCGCAGUAGCGGGCCUGGCCAGCGGCUCGGAGCUUGCAGGGAGGGCGGAUCUCGGGUCGGACCCGCAGCCCCUGACGCCGGGCCUUGGGGUUCCCCCCGCCCCGGCCUCCUGCCAGUCACUACCACCCCUAGCCUCUCCAACUGAGCUCGGCGCCGGGAGAGGAUUAACACCCAGGAAGGCAGGGGGCUCCCUUUAUCCAAGGAGGUGGCUGUGCAGGUGGCCACCACAGGUGGCAGGAACCACAGGCUGGGGCACUCCGGAGUCAGGAGUGAGUGGGCAGGUUGACUGGCAUCAGGCAGCCUCUCAGCCAGGGCCCUCUCCGCGUCAGCAUGAACUCCAGGACUGCAUCUGCUAGGGGCUGGUUCAGCAGCCGCCCACCCACCUCUGAGUCUGACCUGGAACCUGCCACAGAUGGGCCAGCCUCCGAGACCACUACCCUCAGCCCAGAGGCCACCACCUUUAAUGACACCAGAAUCCCUGAUGCGGCUGGUGGCACGGCCGGCGUGGGUACCAUGCUUCUGUCCUUUGGGAUCAUCACGGUGAUAGGCCUGGCUGUGGCCAUGGUUUUGUACAUCAGGAAGAAGAAGAGGCUGGAGAAGCUACGCCACCAGCUCAUGCCCAUGUACAACUUCGACCCCACGGAGGAACAAGAUGAGUUGGAGCAGGAGCUGCUGGAGCAUGGGCGGGACGCCGCCUCCGUACAGGCUGCUACUUCUGUGCAGGCCAUGCAGGGCAAGACUACUCUGCCCUCCCAGGGCCCACUGCAGAGGCCCAGCCGGCUGGUGUUUACCGAUGUGGCCAAUGCCAUCCAUGCGUGAGUGGCCUGGGACAAGCCUGGACUUCUGAUAGAGACCCGCCACGGUGCCCACGGAGCUCCCCACUCCCUGAUUGUCAAGACCUACUCUGAAGAUCUGCCCUGCCAAGACACGAGAGGGCUGAGCCAGGCCCCAGCUGUUCUCCAGAUCCACCUGCUGACUCUAGACUCUAAGAGAGGGCCCUAGCCAGGCUGGACUUCUGACCACUGACUUCUCCUGACCUGAGGGCCCUGGCACAGAGGGCAUCCCUCAUGCUGAGAAGGUCAAGAGCCUCUGCUGGCUUCCUCAUCCCCUGUCCAGAUCCCUCACAUCAGGGUCUGCCCCGCUAAUGUGGAGGAAAUGGGGGAGAUACGGAGUGGGAGGGAUUGGGGGAGGAAAGGGGAGGUUUCCCUCUGUUAGGGAGAGACCUGUUUUUUGGAAUCUGGAGCCUCCUCCGGGGUGGGGAGAGGAAACCACCCAAGUUAUAGGGACAGGGUAGGGUAGCAUCUGUUAUGGGCCCUGAGAAGCCCAGAGAUGGAGCUGAAACUGUCCAGUAUGCAAGGAUGCCAGGAGAAGGGCAAUUCACACCCAGGGUCCAUCCGUACUACAGAGGGUCCAGGAGGUCUCCCAGCCACCCAUCCUUGGCAACCAGAUGUUACUGGGGCCAAGCUAGGAUGGGAGCUGAGGGGGAAGGAAGUAGGGGAAUGGAAGUGGAAGGAUGCAGCCCCCCCAGACCUGCCAAGAGGCCUCAUGCAUGUGCAUGAGUGUGCCCAUGGACAGACAUGUGUCUGUCCCAGCACAGCGGGCAGGAUGAGAUUGUCCACACUGGCCCCACCGUCCAAGUCGACCUCUACCCCAUGGUAUGUAGUGGAGCAUCAGGGUAGGCUAUCUUCUCUGCCUUCAAUCUUCAGGACUGCAGGGAAGAGGGAAGCACACACAGCACGGUUCCUCUCUCCACUGCAUUGCUUCACUGGGCUCACCUGCUGAAAACGGCUCCCUGUCUUGGGCUCUACUGAGGAUCUGGGGUUGGAAGAGGCUGUUGGUCUGAGGGCAGUAAUCACAGGCUAUGGGCUAGAGGGGGCAGUUAUGACUGCCUGAAAGCAGGUGAGGGAUUGCACCUCAGAAAAACAUCUAAAAAACUUAGUCUAUGUUUGAAUUCCCCACCUCCAUCCCAUCUAUGGGAAGAGCCAUUCAGUGUUUAGAGAGUGGGGAGAUGGGUCCCUGCACUUGGCCUCUCCAUAAGCCUUGGAGGGUCAGGGCUGAUACCAGGGGUCCUGGCAAGGCAUUGGGCAGAGACAGACCCCAAGAGCGGGGCAUUUUUUACGCUGGGCAUACAUAUGCACACAAGCAUGCACAGAGGCACGUCCUGUGCCCAGCCUCUUCACCGUCACUGUCCGCCGCUGGCUGGAGGGGAUGCAGGGGUAGUGUAUGCAGACCUUCCAUUGAGCAAAUGCCAUGUGUCAGGAGGGAAGGGCCUAGGAAGCCCCCAUGGGGAAGGUUCUGGAUUUAUUCCCUCCUCUAAAUGCUAUAAAUACGUUAGCACUUGAGUCGACUGGAGGCUGCCAGGAAUUCAGGAUGCAUACAGCUGUAAUUUAACCCAGAGCAGCUCCAUGUGAGAGCAUUAAAGAUGUAAUGAAGAUGUUUA